GAUACGUGACACGUAGAAGCAGCAUUGUGUUCAGACUAUCAUAGUAGAAGUGUGCUUUUAAACGACGGCUUUCCGACUUGUUUUAUGAGUGCAUACAUGUUAUUCUACCCCUACUCGCACACAGGCAUGUUUAGUGGGAGUAUUAUGAAGCCACAGUGGCGCGUGUUGCUUGUUUAGCCUCAUAGCUAAGCUAAGCUACCUAGCCAACAUUAGGACUAGCGAACACGGACGCGUUUUUGUUUGUGUUUACUUUUUUCAAGAUGUACACUUUAUUAUCUGGAUUAUAUAAGUACAUGUUCCAGAAGGAUGAAUACUGCGUUUUGAUCCUGGGACUGGAUAACGCCGGAAAAACGACUUUCCUGGAACAGACCAAAACAAAGUUUAGUAAGAAUUACAAGGGGAUGACUUUAUCCAAGAUCACCACUACAGUUGGCCUGAACAUUGGCACAAUUGAUGUUGGCAAGGCUCGUCUAAUGUUCUGGGAUUUGGGAGGUCAGGAGGAGCUGCAGUCUCUGUGGGAUAAAUACUACGCUGAAUCCCAUGGAGUCAUCUAUGUGAUAGAUUCAACUGAUGAAGAGCGUCUGUCAGAAUCAAAGGAUGCCUUUGAGAAAAUGAUCAGCAGUGAGGCACUGGAAGGCGUUCCGCUCCUCGUGCUGGCUAAUAAGCAAGAUGUACCGAACUGUUUGUCGGUGCCCGACAUUAAAACAACCUUCAGUGACUGUGCUCCAAAGAUUGGCAAGAGAGACUGUUUAGUCCAGCCUUGCACUGCUCUCACAGGGGACGGCGUGAAUGAAGGCAUUGAGUGGAUGGUGAAGUGUGUGGUCAGAAACAUUCACCGGCCACCGAGACAGAAGGACAUCACAUAAGAUGUUUGUCAUCUUUCCACUGUGAUUUUGGACGAGUUUCUCCUUGAGGACAUUCCAUAUGUUAAGCCCUGGAGCUGAUAACUCUCACCUUGUGUUUCCUGUGACUCUUUGGAUUUCUGCUUUUUGGACUUCAUCAUAAUGUUUUUAUCAACAAACAUAGAUUCAGAUGUACUGUGAGCAGACGUCUGCCUGUUUGUGCCUACACUUUUUGAAGGUGUGUCGUUUACUUUUGCUGGGAUCAGUGCUGCAGCGUCUAUAUGGAGCACUUUGAGUGCACAGGAACACUGACGCAUUAAAUAUACAAGCAUUGAUGGGCGCUAUUUUUUCACACUAUCAGAUUCAAUAAACAAUGAUCCGUGUUUUUUUGAUGAACUUAACGAUACUGCAGUAUUCCAUCAUUAGAACCUUUAACAUAUAAACAGUUUACAUUUAGCUAGGUUGGUCUCUCUUUUUUGUCAUUAGGCAUAAGACAGGAAUUAUUAGUUAUUGAUCCGUGCUGUCCUUACACAAUUUUCAGCAUUUGGAAAGAGUCACUGUAAAGUUAGCAUCCACUUCUGACAUUAGGAAUUUAGGAAUUGGCUUUUUAUGAACAAUUCCUAAUCCUCCGCUGGUGAUGUGCCUGUAUCACAGUUAAAAACAGAGCUGUACUAUACUAGUAUUGCCCAGUUGGUUCCCACAGGUAAACUUUGAAAUAUCAUUAGCUGUAACCUUAGUCUUUCAUCCUGUGGUUCAAUUCCAGCUGUUUCAAUUUCAGAGUUAUUUGUUGCAACUAACUUGACCAAUAGAGAUAAUAAUGAGUCAAAUAAGUGCACAAACCAAUCCUACACAACCACAAAUAUGAAUCUUUUGCAAACACUAUUGCUCUUCCAGUACAAAUGUGUAUCGAUGUAGUCAGUUUGAUAAAGAGAAUUACAUGAAUGAUAAACUCUUCACAGUUACCACAUCACGGCCCAGUUGUCAAAUGACGGAAGAGUUUGGACAGACAUUUCUUUGGGAAUAAUGUUCCUGCUGAAGACUUUCAAAGACUUCGAGAAGCUGACCACGCACUUCUCUGUGCUGUUUGUUCUUCUGGUCCCUGCUUUAUGUGUUGAUUUCAUACCAUAACUAUCAUUUAUUUAAGUUAGACAAACAUGUUCAAAUUGUUCAGGUGCCACUUUAACUGUGAUCAUGGGAUUUUUAAAUCUUUGCAUGCAUUAUUUUUUUUUAUCACUAUGCAUUUAGAUUCCCAUGACUAUUAAAAAGAAGAAUUCUUGAUGAAUAAAUGGGGACAAAGAACUUUUGAUUUUUCCAGUCUGUAAAUUUAAAAUCCCAGUAAUGUGAGCAUAAAAUUAAUUUGGUCUAACUCUUGAAAGAAGAAAAAAAUACUUUUCUAAUAGUUUCUUAUACAUGGAUGUGGUUUAGCUCUAGCACCAAAGGAUCAAACAUCAGUUUGCAGGAAUACUGUAAAUGAUUUAAUAAAUCGAUAUGAAGUGG